AUGGGAAGUUUACAGCUGGAUCAAGACCAACGAGAGCGGCAUGCACUGUUCGAUUGGCUGACGACCCUCAAUUUCCCUGCACAGCAGGAUGUCUUCUUCGGUAGAUGGCAAGAAGGCACAGGCCAAUGGCUUCUUCAUUCAGCGGAGUUUGAGACAUGGAUGAGCACGCUAGGAAAGACAUUACUCUGCAGAGGAAUGCCAGGUGCAGGGAAGACUAUACUGGCAUCCACGGUCAUAAGCCAUCUAUCAACGCUCUGCAGUGACAAAAUCUCCGUGGUUUGCAUCUACAGCGAUUACAGAAAGCAGCACGAACAGACACCUGUCAACUUGAUUGCCAGUAUUCUGAAACAGCUUCUUCAACAUCAGACAUCAAUUCCCGAAGACAUUAGGAGGUGCUAUCGCCACCACGCUUACUCCGGGACCUGCCCGAAUGCAAAGGAGAUAUACACCCUACUUCAAUCUACAAUUUCGGGGGUUUCUGAAGUCUACAUAGUCGCGGACGCAGUUGAUGAACUGUCUAUUCAAGUCCGCCAACCGUUGCUGUCGAACUUAUGCGCGCUUCAAGAGAUCCAUACACUCAAUAUGAUGGUGACUUCACGCUUCAUUCCCCAAAUAUCCCGGGAAUUGCGGGAUCCGAUGUGUCUGGAAAUCCGCACCAACGAUGAGGAUGUUCGCAGAUAUGUGCAGGGGCAUCUCAAUGAUUUGGCUAGAUGUGUCAUGGGAAAUCCUCAGCUGCAAGAAAGCAUAGUGGAUUCCAUAGUGAAUGUUGUGGAUGGCAUGUUUCUGCUGGCUCGGUUGCAUAUGGACUCAUUGACGGACAAAACGACCUCUAAAGCUAUCAAGAAAUCUCUUGAAAACUUGCCAAAGGGCUCUGACGCUCUGGACACUGCCUACGAGCAAGCUAUGCAGAGAAUAGAAGAUCAAAAGCCUGGCUUCAGAGAUCUCGCGAAACGGACAUUGACCUGGAUUUCAUACACCUACGAGUUGUUGACAGUCGCUGGAGUACGCCAUGCGUUGGCAGUAGAAGUUGGAGAAUCGGAGUUUGAUCAAGAGAACCUCGACGAGAUCGAAGAUAUACUUUCAGUCUGCUGUGGUUUGGUAAUCAUCGAUCCAGAAACAGAGGCUGUCAGGCUGGUUCACUACACGACACAGGAAUAUUUCAAAAAAUUCGGUUCCCGACAUUUUCCAAACGCUCGAGAAGACAUCGCCGUUAGCUGUCUUACAUAUCUUCUUUUCAACGAAUUUGGAGGAGGCUGGGUUUGGGAUGUUACCAAGGAGGGAAAAGAUGGAAGUCUCAGGUGGACCACCAUGGCACUAGUGAGAGAUCGCCUACAAAAGUAUCCGUUUCUUCUGUACGCCGCCAGAUUCUGGGCAUGGCAUGCAAAAUAUUACGCCAGCAGUUUCGAAGAUAAAGUGGGUAGAUUAUUGACAAGAUGA